CUAGUAAGCUCUUGCCACUGUGACUAGUAAUUCUAUCAUAUCCUACAAAAGAACUCAUCUUGUUUCACGUUCUAUACCAUAUGUCCAGCGACCGACAAUUGCGCGACUUCAUAACCCGACAGAGAGUACUGCUCUCCAGCGAACGAGAUGCAGAGGUUGAGCGGUCGGCCCUCCUGCUUUCGAAUUGCGGACCAAAGCUGCUCGAGCAGAAAGGUCUAGCACUUGGGGGCCUUGGAGUAGCUAGCAUCAACAUAGGACUUGGAGGAAAGACUCUAGUGGAACUAGAAAGACCUACGGCGUAUCAUUCCACUCCAUUGUUGCCUCCGCACAGUCUCAGAGGAAAUGUCGCUGAAGGUUCAGCUCGCAAGAAGACGACGACAAAGGGAAAGAAGGCGGAUUCUGCUGAUAAGUCACGUCGCUCGACCGAGGGCGUUGUGUACAAGGUGUCAGACACGCGCAUUGUGGUCGCGAUGAAUGCCUCUGAAUCUGGCAACGAUGAACUCGACAUCCCCGACCGUUGUCGACUUCUAAAACUCGCGAACAGCGUGACGUACGAUAGGAUGGACAAGGCAUUAGAUCAACUCGAGAAAGUGGUCCUGCCCGACGCAGCAGGGGCUACCGGACCAAUCCCUGAACUAAGUGGUCUAGUGCGCAGCAUCACAUUCUUCGAUGGCAGCCUAAACCAGAGCCAACGCGACGCCAUCAGGUUCGCGAUGGAAUCCAGAGAAGUAGCCUGCAUUCACGGCCCACCAGGCACAGGAAAGACACAUACACUCAUCGAACUCAUUCGCCAAUUGACCAGCGUGACCCCGGCAAACCCCAAGCCGCUCCGCCUGCUCGUGUGCGGCGCAUCCAACCUCUCCGUGGACAACAUUCUCGAGCGACUACUUGCUUUGCCUGCGCCUACGAAUGGUGCAAAGCUCAAAGUGACACGGGUAGGACAUCCCGCCCGCGUGAUGGCACAUGAAGGGGUGCUUGACGCGACGCUCGAGAUGAAGGCUAGCAGGAGUGACCAGGCGGCGCUGGCAAAAGACGCGAAAAGAGAGCUCGAGGAAACCCUCGCUAUACUCUCUGGAAAAGGGAAAAGCGCGAAGGGCAAGGCCCCGAGGGGGGCCGAGCGUAGGAAGAUGUGGGAAGAAGUCAAGGCAUUGCGCAAAGAAUACCGACGGCGCGAGGGCGGUGUUGUCGAAAGUGUCCUCGGGGAAUCACAGGUCGUCCUUGCAACGUGCCAUUCUGCCGGCGGGUGGCAGUUGCGAAACCAUCAGUUCGACGUUCUCAUCAUAGACGAAGCAACCCAAGCCAUGGAGGCGGUCUGUUGGAUACCGGCCUUCAAGGCGAAGAAGAAAAAUUCCACCAAAGAGGGAAAACGGAAACUGAAACGAAGCAGUCCGCAGAAAGAUGCGCCCAAGCCAUCGGAGCCACCGCCCGUGGAUGAGCAUAAGGAUUCGAAUGGCUCAGAGAAUGGCAAUGAUGACUCCAGCUCUGCAAAUGAGCUCCGACCGCCGCGAUCGCUCGAGACGACUCUAUUCGAUCGACUCGAGAAGAUGUAUGGACCUGGCAUCAAACGCUUGUUGAACGUGCAAUACCGCAUGCACGCCCAGAUCGCGGCGUUCCCUUCAAAAAUGAUGUACCAGAACAAAUUGACGUCCCACCCCUCCGUUGCAUCUCACCUCCUCAAAGAUCUCCCGAAUGCAAGUGCAGCGGACGAAGACGAAGAGAGGGAAUUGCUCGGCACCCCCGUAUAUUACGAGAGGGUCGAGGGUGACGAAGAUGAGGGGAGUAAAUGCAACGAGAAUGAAGUGACUGUGGUGAAGAAGUAUAUCGAAGAAUUGGUUGGCGCAGGCGUGCUACCGUCACAAAUCGCUGUGAUCACCCCGUACCAGGCUCAAGUUGCCCUUUUGGCAUCCACGUUACGACCCGUUUAUGGACUUGACCUCGAAAUUGGGACUGUAGACGGGAUGCAGGGCCGGGAGAAGGAGACGGUGAUAAUCAGCCUUGUACGAAGCAAUGAGAAGCGGGAAGUAGGCUUCUUGAAGGAUAAACGAAGACUCAACGUUGCGAUGACUCGGGCGAGGCGCCACUUGUGUGUGGUGGGCGACUCGUCCACCAUCCAGCACGGUGGACGGUUCUUGAAGGCGUGGUCUGCAUGGCUGGAAGCCAAUGCAGACGUACGGUUUGCCGGCAUAGACUAGGGCUUGUUGAUAUGCCAAGGGUCGGGCAACGACUCUCGGCCAGUCGCUAUGCACCCGCGUUAGAUGACAGCAUCUCUAGGUCGUCUGUGCUGUUCAUCGAUUGAUCACCGCUUUCACAUUUGAAGGCAUAUAGGGAAGCCAUACUACUUUCGACAGAUGUAGUGCUCGGUAGGCUCUCGAAAUAUGCAACAGUUGCGACUUGAUACAGAUUCUCAAGACCUGAACGUAAAACGCGCAGCCGUACGG